AUGGCCCUAUUAUUGCGCUACCUUGCUGAUGAUCUCGAGACUCAAUGUCGUAUAUUCUCACUCAAUUUUAAUCCUCAGAGGCUGCGACUGGGCAAUAAAGUUCUACGACAGCGACUGCGAGGACCUGCACUAGCGGCAUGGUAUCCCAGAAAGACUGUUUCAUUCCGUGACUUGCAAGAUGCCUACCGUCCACUUGGCUUGACCGUCUUCGACGAGUAUGAGGACGAUCGGGAAGAGGCCAUUCAAAUGUAUGUCAUAAUACACACUAAGGACAAAACCUUGAUCGCUGACUACGCUAGUGCAAAAUUGAGGGGAAAGGGAAGGCCGAAGAAAAAGCGAACUGCAGCUGAAUCACGAUCGGCGAAGAAGAAGAAAUAG